AUGGAAGAAAUGGAAAUGAAUAAUUCAGCAACCAACUACAUUAAAGAGUGUUCAAUAGUCGGGCACAAACGUCUCCUUAUCGUUGAAUUUCCUUCAAGUAAAUAUGUCGUCAAUCAAGUUAUUACAUCUGUGGCAAUGUGCAUACUAAUGAUUCCUGUAAUACUUUUGAACGGUAUUACUGUUCUUACAAUCUGGAAAAGCCAGCUGAUGAGAGCGAAGGUUUCUCACUUUCCCGUAUUUAUCCAGUCAAUGGCUGACUUGUUUGUUGGAUUACUUACCCUCCCAUUGUUCAGUUACCUUCACCUCAGGGAAGUUUUUGGUUCGCCAGACUGUGUGUUAAGUUUUGUCUUGUCUACAAUAGCAUUUAUACCAUGGGGAUUAUCCGUAGCAGCUCUAUCUGCAUUGACUAUUGAGAGAUACAUGGGCGUUUUGCAUCCAUUUGCACAUCUUAAGUACGUUACAAAGAAAAUGUUUUUAAUAUACAUUUGCUGUGCUAUACUUGUAACAUUAACAAUAAUCCCCUUGGCUGUGGUUUCUGCCACAUUCUACUACAUUUUUUGCGCGGUCAACGUAAUGAUUCCUAUGCUGCUACAUACAUAUUGCUACACACGGAUUUUUUAUUCAGCAAGGAAAAGUCUGCUACGACACAACUGCAGCACAAGUUGCGAAGAAAACGUGUCAAAAUCACGUGUUGGAAAACGAUAUUCCGCGAAGGAGUUAAAGCUUGCCAAGUCUUGUGCAUUGGUUGUAGUUACAUUCUAUAUUCUUUGUAUUCCCGGCGAGAUCGUGAGCCUUUAUUAUCUCGAAAAGGACAUAAUAUUCUAUAGGGUUACAAUUGCUUGGUUUGUUACAGCCCUUGGAGUAAACACAAUACUUAACUCCGUUAUCUUCUUCUGGACAAGGACAGCGUUGCGAAAAGAAGCUUUUAAAGUUCUGAAAGGAAUCUGUGCUAACUGA